AUGGCUGGAUGCUGCCUGGCAAAGACUUUGGCAGCUGUGUCUCUCUCUAUGACCUUGGUCUCUGCGGCAGUCAAGCCCAGCAGCUGCCCCAACACGCAGGCCAGUGGGAUCUUGUUUUCCUCGCCCUGGUUUCCUCUAAACAUCAUCAUGUGGGGAUCAUCGUGUGUUGCUGCUGAGAAGUCCCACAGGAAUGCCCGGAUGUCUCCGUAUCCUUGCUCUAAUGUGGAGCGAUGCUGUGUCCCCAACGAGAAAGUGAGCUGGCUGAUUGAGUGGAGAGAUUACAACCCCGUGGAGUACACUUCCAGCUUGGUCUUAGCCAGGCCUCCGUGGGCAGAUCCACAGGUGGGAGAAAGAAACUUCUGUCCUAGAUUUAACGAAAAGGAUGGCAAUGUGGAGAGGACGAGCCACGAAGGCUUCUAUGAGGUUAGAAAUGGUAGACCGAGAAAUCCUGUAGGUAGGACAGGGUUGACUGGCCGAGGGCUUUUGGGGCGCUGGGGCCCCAAUCAUACUGUUGAUCCCAUCGUCACCAGGUGGAAAAGGGAUAGCAUGGGAAACACAGUUAUCCAUCCUGUGUCGAGGAAAAACAUCCUGCAAUUUGUAGCCAUUAGGAGGAAGGACUGUGGGAAAUGGGCAAUUCCAGGGAGGAUGAUGGAUCCAGGAGAGCUGCUUAGUACCAACCUGAAGAGAGAAUUUGGUGCUGAAGCCAUGAACUCUUUACGGAAAUCUAAGGCAGAAAGGCAGAUGCUGGAGAAACAAUUACACAGACUAUUCGGCCAGGAACACUUUGCAAUCUAUAAAGGCUACGUGGAUGAUCCUCGGAACACAGAUAACGCAUGGAUGGAGACGGAGGCGGUGAACUACCACGAUGAAACAGGUGAAAUCACGUGCCAGCUUCCCCUCAAAGCUGGCGAUGACACUAAGGAAGUGAGAUGGGUAGACAUUUUUGACACACUCAAGCUUUAUGCCAGCCAUUGGCAAUUUAUUCAAUAUGUGGCCGAGAGGCGAGGUGCCCACUGGAAAGAGGACCUUUACCUUGGGUAUCAGGGGUAA